AUGUCCAUUGAUCCAGAAACUCGUAGAAAAUUAUUAAAUUUACAAAAAACUGGUGAAAACAAAAAAUGUUUUGAUUGUUCAGCUCCAAAUCCUCAAUGGGCUUCACCAAAAUUUGGGAUUUUCAUUUGUUUAGAAUGUGCUGGAGUACAUAGAGGUUUAGGAGUUCAUAUUUCAUUUGUUAGAUCAAUUACUAUGGAUCAAUUUAAACCAGAAGAAACUCUUAGAAUGGAAAUUGGUGGUAAUGAAAGAUUGAAAAAAUAUUUCAUUGAUAAUGGUGUUGAUUUAAAUUUAUCACCAAAACAAAAAUAUGAUAAUUAUGUGGCUGAAGAUUAUAAAGAAAUGUUGACAUGUGAAGUUGAAGGUAAAGAAUUUGUUGCCAAAGAUCAUAGUGGUGAAAAAUUACCCGAUAUUAAUAAUACUGCUAGUACAACAACAGAUCCAGUAUCUAGAGGACGUCCUACUCCUGUUCCAUUAACAAAUGAACAAAAACAGAAAAAUGAAGCUUAUUUUGCUGAUUUGGGUGCUAAGAAUGAUCAAAGACCUGAUCAUUUACCACCAUCACAAGGUGGGAAAUAUGGUGGAUUUGGUAAUACUCCAGCACCAAGUAAUACUACAUCUAACAACAACAACAACAACAAUUCCAAUAACAAUAAUAAUAACAAUAAUAAUAAUAGUUCUUUAUCAUCAUUUACUCUUGAUAAUUUCCAAAAUGAUCCACUUGGAACAUUUACUAAAGGAUGGGGGUUAUUUUCAUCAACAGUAGUUAAAUCAGUUCAAGAAGUUAAUAAUUCGGUUAUAAAACCAAGUAUAGAUCAAAUUCAAAGUAGUAAAAUCACUGGACAAGCUAAAACUGCCAUGGCUCAAUUUGGUCAAAAAAUGCAACAAACUGGGAAAUAUGGUCAAGAAACUUUUCAAACUUUUACUAAAGAUAUAAAUGAAAAUGGAUUAAAUAAAACUUUAGAUAGUACAUUUGGAGGGAUUUUCGGUCAUAACAACAAUAAUAAUGGUAGUAAUCAAGGAAAUCAAGUUCCAAAUGCUUUUGGAUUUAAAAAACCUGAUAAUGGUGUUAAAUAUGAAAGUUUAUCUGGUGGAUCAAAGAAAAACGAUGAUGAUGAUGAUGAUAAAUGGGAUGACUUUUAA